GCGGGAAUUACGAUAACGGGAACCGGCGCUGAUACGGACGCACGUCAUCGGACUGGUUCGAUCUCCCCCUACGCUCCGUGAUAGACAGACCCAAUAUGCCCUGACAAUGGGGAAUUCCAACAGCACUCAUAAGAUCUCCGCGCAGGACCGGGCCAUCCUCGACCUCAAGAACCAGCGUGACAAGCUCCAUCAGUACCAGAAGCGGAUCACCGUUCUGACGGACCGCGAAACGGCAAUCGCGAAAGAAUGUCUGGCCCGGAAUGACCGCAAGCGCGCCCUGCUCGCCCUGCGCCGCAAGAAGUACCAGGAGUCGCUCCUGGAUAAAACCGACAAACAGCUCGAGCAGCUGGAACAACUCACGGGACAGAUCGAGUUUGCGCUCGUGCAGAAGGAUGUUCUGUUCGGUUUACAGCAGGGCACCAAGGUCCUGCAGACCAUCAACAAAGAAAUGGGCGGUCUUGAAGGGGUGGAGAAACUGAUGGGUGAGACGGAGGAGGCGAGAGCCUAUCAAGAGGAAAUCAGCGAGAUGCUUGCUGGGCGUUUGUCCAGUCAAGAUGAGGACGAGGUUGAAGACGAACUGGAGGCGUUGCAACGGGCCGUCCAGGGUCCCGUUGUCCUGCCGAAUGCACCCAGCUCGACAUUCCCGGAGCAGGCAGAGGGCGAGGGGAUCAAGGAAGACGAGCACGUCGCGGAAGAAGCAGACGCCACGGUCGAGGAGCGAGUCGCGAUCGCUGCUUGAGACUGACAUAUAUACGACGGCCCCCCUUCGGGGCCCUAUUUCAUUUGCAGUCCUUAGCAUUUAUGGCGUUGGUGGUUUUAGGGAUUUCAAAGUAUAAUGUUGUUAGAUUCAUUGCUACUUGCACGCUAGUAACUAGACAGCUGAACAUGGAAUCACACGCA